AUGAUCUGGACCCUGUGCUGGCCGAGCAACCAGUAUGGGCCGUUGCGGGUACAACGUUCAGAAAUGAUGAACGGCAUCAAGAUUGCCGCUGCGAAGGCCAUGGGCAACCAGAUGGCUGCUUGCACUAUUAUGUUUCAGGCCGGUUCCCGCUUCGAGACCAAAGACGAUUUCGGCGUAACCCACUUCCUGAGAACCACUUCCCCAGCUUCCGGCUGCGGGUAUACCGCUUUCUCCAAGAUGAGGGUGCUGCAGCAGGCUGGCGCUCAUCUCACGUGUACGUCUAACAGGCAAUACGUUGCCUUCACGUUGGCCUGUCCCCUGCCUAUGUUUGCUGAUGUUAAAUAUUAUUUGUUGGAUACGGCCGCUAGGAUGUGUUAUAACCAUUGGGAAAUCGGUGAUUGCAUGCCGCAGGUCAGAGAUGAUUUAUUCAGAUUAACUCCAGAACAGCUCUGUAUUGACCUUGUCCAGAGGGCUUGUUGGGCGGGACCCUUGGCCAAUUCUAUUUAUUGCGAGGAAAGCAGGGUAGCAAGCAUGUCUCAGGAGAGAAUGUGCGCGUUUGUUUAUGACAACUUCAAAUCAUCUCAGUGCACCGUCGCGAGCGUGGGGGUGCCUUUUGAGGAAACUUUGGAUAUAGCUGAUAACAUUGAAAUUGCAAGGGUAAGGCCACCAGACCGCCCACAGAUGGUUUCGAGGCCUAAAGCUGGAUUUGAGUACUAUGACUUAGGAGCUUGUAAAGAUACUUGUAUUGCAGCGGUCGUACCCAGCUGUGGAACUUAUGAUGUGACGGACCUUUUCAAGCAUGCAAUAAUAGCGUCUGCAUGUGGAACUGGUGACAUGAGUUCAGGCCAGCACGAUCUUGAUCAUACUCCCCAGGGCCCGCUCGGCCUCAUGGCUGGCGAAGACAUCUACACCAAAUUCAGAGCCUUCAACAUAUCGUAUAUGGAAACGGGAGUUUUUGGUAUAUUGUGCAACACUCGUGCGCAGUCAGCCUGUCAGAGCGCCUGCGCACUCAUUGAGUUUCUCACAAGUGUUGGUGCUUUGGACUUUAAGCAAAUUGAAAUAGGGAAGAAGAGAUUGAAAGUUAAUUUAGCCCUUCACGAAGAAGACGCAGCAGCGGCGUCUGAAAGCCUGGCGCUGCAGCUCGCUAACAACAUUCAGUUAGACAGCUUGGUCGACUGCUUCGCUAUGAUAGACGCAAUCAGUGUUGAUGAGAUAUCGUGUACUGCUAAAUGCUUGUCUACUAAAAUUAACGAGAUGGCAAUUGCUGUAGUCGGUGAUGUCGGUGCUGUUCCUCAUGACAGAGAGAUGUUAAAGUUUAAUUAA